AUGUCACCCCUGUUCACUAUUUUGAUCACACCAGAGAAAAAAGCGGAACCACUAGAAGUCCUGAUAGACUCAGGCGCUACCUCAUCCUUUCUCCACCCCCGUACCGCGGAAGCACUCCGCCUCCCACUCAUAGACCUCCCUUAUCCCCGCACUGUAACUAUGCUUGAUGGGUCAAGCCCCCAGGCUGGUAAAAUUUGGAAGAAGGCUAACCUAACCUUCUCCUUUGAUGGCAAACGUAUGACCAAGACCUUCUUGAUUUGCAACACAGGGUCCCACGCUGCCAUCUUAGGAUUGAAAUGGUUAGAUGCCCACAAUCCAGAGAUUGAUUGGAAUCAACGCACCCUCUCCUUUCCCCAUGCACCACCAGAACACGUAGCCAUCGCUGAAGAGGAGGAAGCCAAUCAAAACCCCCUUGAAGGAGUCCCUUCCAAGUACCAUCAAUACGCCAAGGUAUUUGGAGAGGAAGAAUUCAACAAACUUCCCCCGCACCGGCAUUAUGACAUUGGGAUUGAACUAACAGAAGAAGGCCCCUUGAACUCUCCACUGUACAGCAUGACUGACGCCAAAUCCGCCACGCUCAAAGAUUGGCUCAGAGAUGAACUCAAGGCAGGCAAGAUCUGUCCCAGCAAAUCCUCAAUUAGCUCCCCCGUCAUGUUUGUUCCCAAGAAGGAUGGCUCCCGCCGCUUGGUAGUUGACUACCGCCGCCUAAACAACCGGACAAAGAAAAACGUUUACCCCCUUCCCCGUCCAGACGACCUCAUGGCCCAGCUCCGUGGUGCCAAGGUCUUCAUUAAACUAGACCUACGUUGGGGAUAUAACAAUGUCCGGGUAAAAGAAGGCGACAAAUGGAAGACUGCUUUCCGUACUAAGUACGGCCUGUACAAAUCCCUAGUCAUGACCUUUGGCCUAACCAACGCUCCCGCCGCCUUCCAACAUUUUAUGAACAAGUUAUUCAAAGACCUGUUAGACGUUUGCGUCAUCAUUUACCUUGAUGACAUCCUGAUCUACUCCAAGGAUGAUGAGGUCCAAUCGUUCCUAGGAUUUGCCAAUUUCCUCCGUCGAUUUGUUGCCAAUUUUAGCCACAUGGCCAGGCCAUUGCAUAAUCUGGUCAAGAAGGAUACGCCCUGGAAUUGGGGUAACAAAGAACAGGAAGCCUUCCAAGGACUAAAGGACGCCAUCACCAAUGCACCCGUACUCUGCCACGCCAAUCCAACCAAACCCUACUUCCUUGAGACAGACGCCUCAGGAGCUGCCCUGGGAUCCAUACUAAGCCAACGCCAGGAAGACAGCCGGUUACACCCACUUGGUUUCUUGUCUGAGUCAUUUAAAGGAGCGGAGCAGAACUAUGAUACACAUGACAAGGAGCUGCUAGCAAUCAUCCGCUCGUUUGAGUACUGGCGUAUCUUCCUGGAAGGAACCCUGCAUCCCAUCACUGUGUUCACCAACCAUAGGAACUUAGAAUAUUGGAAAGAAUCUAGAACGUUCAACCGCCGCCACGCACAAUGGCACCUCCUCCUGGCCGGUUACAACUUCCAAAUUGUGUACAGACCUGGGAAACAGUCAGGGAAGCCAGAUGCCCUAUUGCGACAAUCAGACCAUGCCAAUAUUCCACCAGAACCCCAGUCCAUGUUGCCAGAACCAGUAUUUGCUAACGUUGCCCUGGUGACCCCUGAGAAGGAGCUACAACGCCAAAUUGAGUCCUCCCUAGAUCAAGACGAAUCCCUGGAGGAAAUCCUACAGUUCCUACAAAACAAGUCCAAGGCACCACCCUCCAUUAAACGCGCAUUCAAAGAUUACAAAAUGGAGGCCGGCCUGCUAUUUUACCAAGGACAAAUUGUAGUACCAGACGUAGGGACCCUAAGGACAGACCUACUUUGGAUCUUCCACAAUAGCCCAUUGGCGGGUCACCCAGGCAGACAAAGGACCCUAGAGUUGGUAUCCAGAACUUACUACUGGCCCGGCAUCCGUGCCAACACAUACUGGCACGUUGACUCAUGCAAAAUCUGCCAACGGAUCCGGAAACCUAAGUACGCGUCUAUACCACCUCAGCCCCUGGAACUUCCAUCACGCCCUUGGCAACACAUAUUGUACAACAUGAUAGUAGACUUACCAAAGGAUGGAAGCAACAACUCUAUACUGGUUAUUGUGGAUAGCUUCACCAAAUACGUUAUCUUGGUAGAAUGCUCCAAAAAACUCAAGGCCCCGGAACUGGCAGAUCUAUUCCUACGCCACAUUUGGAAACAUUACGGCAUGCCCAAGAAAACAGUGUUGGACCGCGGACAAGUCUUCAACAAUAAGUUCCUGAAGGCCUUGUACCAACGCCUGGGAAUAGACCCCCACUUCUCCUUGGCCUACCACCCUCAAAGUGAUGGACAGACGGAACGCGUAAACCCCACGGUUGAACACUUCUUGAGGGCUUACUCAGGGACAAACCAGAAGGAUUGGGUCAAGUGGUUACCAAUGGCGGAGUUUGCCUACAACAACGCAGUACACAGUUUGACAGGCAAAUCCCUGUUCAAGGCACUGUACGGUUGGGAACCCUCCUUGACCCCAAGUUACGUACCAACAGACGUCCCUGAGGCAGAUAACCUGGCAACCCAGAUGGAAGCACAGUGGCAGGAAAUAGAGUCCGCGCUCCGGCAAUCAAAGACACGCAUGGUAGCCGGGGAAACAGGAGAACCACUCAAGUUUGAAAUAGGGGAAGAAGCCUGGCUAGACGCCAAAAACGUGAAACUGAAAACCCUUAGUCCCAAACUAACCAAACAACAGUUGGGACCCUUCAAAAUAACCAAGAAAAUCUCCAAUCGGGCGUACCAUCUAGAGCUCCUGCCAACAAUCAGAAUCCACAAUGUCUUCUAUGUGGGACUACUGUCCAAAGUAAAAAGGGACAAAAAGCAUAGCUUCGAAAACCGCCCUCAACCAGUCACCAUAGAUGGAGAGGAAGAAUACGAGGUAGAAGGGAUCACGGACGCAGAAGAGAGAGAAGGGAAAUGGUUCUUCCGGGUCAAAUGGAAGGGGUACGGCUUGGAGGAAAACACGUGGGAACCCCAAGAAAACCUAAAAAACGCGGGAAAAAUCUUGAAAAAAUAUGAGGAGGACAUGAAAAGAAAGGCCCUCGGCGCUGCCAAGGCCCUUAGAGGGGGGGCAGUGUCAUAG